AUAGGGAAUAAAGAUAAAUAUAUAGGAAGGUCACAUAUAUCAGCGCCCGUUGGUUUCACAUGAGGAGAUAUAUUUAGCACAUGACUGGACACGGGCAGAUAGUGAAUGAAUGAGGUCACAUGACUGGACACGGGGCAGAUAGUGAGUGAAUGAGGUCACAUGACUGGGCAGAGAGGGCAGCGCAUUAGGCACGUGGGUGGAACUGGCCCUAUUACUGCACCACCCGCUUUAGGGACAAUAAUCAGAGUCCUCCCUGGUCUGGGGAAUAACACAAACUGAGGAACGUUCAAUCUGCUGAUCAACUCAGGAAGCGCAGCCAAACGAUCAGCUGACACACGGUCACAUGAUUGGCGUAGCCAUAGUAACACUGCAUCAGUCUCCGCAAAUACACGACUCCUCCCAUUGUUAUAAGGCCACGCCCUAGAGCCUAACGAUACGCCUACUCAGCUCUAUAGCCGCACCCUUUUUUAUUCUACUUUACUUCCAUUGACUACAAGGUUGCCUUCCAGCCUCUGAGUCUCCGCCCGUUCUGUUAUUGGACCCGCCUACUAGCCGGCAGUACGCGCGCCCCAGGCCGGAAGCGGAAGCCCGUUCUGAUGCGCAAAGCCGGGAAUGUGGCGGCACUCUUACAUUCUUUAUAGGGCUGCUCCUCUAGUGCUUUCCGGAUACAAACUGACUGUGGACAAACGAUCCUUCUGUCCCAAUACAGACUGACGAACACCACAACAUGGAUCCACCCUCAUUGGUGAAAAAUGAACCACUGAACCACAAAUAUCACCUGAGCACAACAGAGAGUGAAAUGGGUUCAUCGUCUGGACCAGGUUUCCCAGAGGCUGAAGAAGAAAUAGUUCAGGUAAAGAUAGAGAAGAGGGACUCUGACUCCGACAGUGGGCUGAACUCUCUGCCUGGAGAAGUGAAAGUGGAGAAGUUCGAGUCGGACGUUGACUAUAAUCCAGAUACAAGUGAGGCAGAAAUAUUACAGAUAAAGGUAGACAAAGAAGACUUUGAUCCAAGUGCAAUGAAAAGUGAGGGAUGUGCAGUCGAUGGCCAGGAGGACUGCCUAAAUGAGACGAGGGGUUGGGCAAGUCACUAUUGCCUCACAGAGUCCAGAUCCAGUGAUUCCUCUGGUUCUCUGGAUAAAUCCAUGGAAGACGAUGGCUAUUUUGUAGGGUCGGGACAACACUCAUAUUUGUGUGAGCCAAACACCAGAUCUGAGAGUGACUCAGGAACUCAGGAGUCUUCUUGUUUUGUCUGUAAUAAGUGCGGCAAAUACUUUUUCCAGCAUAGUGAUCUUCUCUCCCACCCCUGUGUCUCUGCCCAUGAUAUGGAUAUUAGUGGUAGCCGGCCUCCGGGGAGUUACUGCCAGUUGCAUCCACUAGCCCAUAGCGACGGGAAAACUUUCUCAUGUACAGAAUGUGACAAAGGGAACUAUACAAAGAGCAACCUCCAGAGCCACCAGAACAUUUACCGAGGGGCCAAACCAUUUGUCUGUACGGAAUGUGGGAAAGGCUUCUCCAGAAAGUACAGCCUUAACAACCACAUAAGAUACCACACAGGAGAUAAACCAUUUGUGUGUACGGAGUGCGGGAAGAGUUUCCCCGAGAAGGGCAAACUCCACAGUCAUGUCAAGAUCCACACCGGAGAGAAACCAUUCAUGUGCCCAGUGUGCAGCAAGAGCUUCUCUGAAAAGUGUAACCUUUAUAACCAUCAGACUAUUCACACGGGGGAGAAACCAUUCAUGUGUCCGGAGUGUGGGGAACGGUUCUCUCGGAAAAGCACUCUAGGCAUCCACAAGAACGUGCACACGGGAGAGAAACCUUUCACGUGUCCGGAAUGUGGGAAAAAUUUCUCCCAAAAGAGCAACCUUCGCAGCCACCAGAGAAUUCACACAGGGGAGAAACCCUUCUCAUGCUCCAUAUGUGGGAAGAGCUUCUACGAGAAGAAAAAUCUACACCGUCAUGAGGCCACCCACACCGGGGAGAAACCAUUUAUCUGCUCCCAGUGUGGCAAAGGCUUCUCCGACAAGGGGGCGCUCCACACUCACUUUAGAGUGCACACCAAGGAGAAACCAUUCCCCUGCAGGGAGUGCGGCAAGAGCUUCACUCAGAAGAGCAACCUCCAGAUCCACCAGAGGAUUCACACCGGGCAGAAGCCCUUCAUAUGUACAGAGUGUGGUGAUUGCUUCUCUGUAAAGAUCAGCCUUCAGAAGCACCAAAAAACUCACUCUAUAGAGACUGUACCAAGAGCCAUGAAACCAGACAAAGAAGUGUCUGACUGUAAUCAGCUGACAAUGCUAAAGAGUGAAACGGAUCCAUGGACUGACUUUGGUGUCUCAGAAGAAGAACCAGAAAUUAUACAGAUAAAGAUAAAAGAAGAAGAAGCAGAUAGUGGAGAUGAGUUAAAUGUAAUGCCACAUUGGGACGCUCCAUGCACUGACACGGAGUCUCCAGAGACCUUUGAGUCGGACUCUUCCAUCACCACCUGCACUUCUUCAGGUCAACAUCAUGUGGCAGUGCCGUUCCAGGAGAAACAAGAUGAUGAAUUGUUUUACUCUAAGGAUCCAUCCAAAUUAAAGGGAGAAAUAGAUAGGUAUAAUUUCCCCGAGGCCGAAACAGAAAUAUUGCAAGUAAAGAUAAAGGAAGAAGAACCCAACUCUGACUAUGUCUUGAGCUCAGCGAACAGCACAGCAGUUUCACUCACUGAUGGGGAGUCUCUAGGGAUUGUACCUGGAGAAAUAAAAUGUGACCAGGAAGGAAUGAACUAUAAUGAUGUGAUCACACAUAAUGAAAUGCCAUCAGACAGCUGCACCCAUCCUGGCUCCCACACUAACCGCUAUACUAAUACACGUAAGAGAAGAAAAGUCGAGGAGAAUCUGUUUACUUGUAGCCACUGUGGGAAGCACUUUAAGAGGAAAUAUAACUUACAAGUACAUCAGCGUGUACACACAGGGGAGAAACCAUUCACAUGUACAGAAUGCGGGAAAAGCUUCUCCCUAAAGAGCAUACUAAAAAGUCACCAGAAAGUUCACCGAGUGGAGAAACCUUUUCAAAGUAGAGAUAGUGGGGGGAACUCUGAAAAUAAUGACACCCGCACAGAGGAGAAGAGGUUUAAGUGCUCCGAGUGCAGAAAAGGUUUCUCAGAUAAGUACAGCCUCUUCAUACACCUUAGAGUGCACACAGGGGAGAAACCUUUCUCCUGUACAGAGUGCGGGGAAAGGUUUGGUUACAAAAGCACUCUCAGAAUCCACUAUAAGCGCCACUCGGGGGAGAAACCAUUUGCCUGUUCAGAAUGUGGGAAACAAUUCUUCCAGAAAAGAAACCUGCGCUGCCAUCAGAGGGUUCACACGGGAGAGAGACCAUUCUCUUGUAUUGAGUGUGGAGAAAGGUUCUCUCGCAGGAGUACUCUAAUUGCUCACAAGAUUGUUCACACAGGGAACAAACCUUUUACGUGUACAGAAUGUGGGAAGACGUUUUCAAGGAAAUUUGACCUUCAACUUCAUGAGAAAGUUCACAGUGGGGACAAACCAUUUAAAUGUACGGAAUGUGGCAAAGGCUUCUCCCAACAGAGAAGGCUCUACAGUCACCUGGCAGUUCACACGGGGGAGAAACCAUUCACAUGCACAGAAUGUGGGAAGGGCUUCUCUGAAAAGAGGCGGCUUUACAAUCACCAGGCAGUUCACACGGGGGAGAAACCAUUUGCGUGUACAGAGUGUGGGAAAUGCUUUGCUCUAAAAGGCACGCUUCGUUGUCACCAGGAGCUUCACACGGGUGCCAGGCCCUUUACCUGCUCUGAAUGUGGGGAAACCUUCUCUAAGAAAGACACACUUAACACUCAUCUUAAGAUUCACACAGGGGAGAAACCCUUUGCAUGCACUGAAUGCCAUAAAAGGUUUGCUAAAAAAAGCAACCUUCAGCGUCACCAGAACGUUCAUAAAGAGAAACUCGCUGGUGCCAGCCUCUGAAUUCACCUGGGGGAUUGGGAUAAACCAUUCAUAUGUUCUGAAAUGUGGUAAAGAGUCUUCUAAAGUGACCACUGGGGAGAAACCAUUCACAUGCCCAGAAUGUGGAAACCCUUCAAAUGUUCAGAAUGUGGAAUCUGUGUCUACCGGAAGAGCUUGCUUCUAUUGAUGUGUGGGUUGACAAAAAGUCCACCCGCACCCAACCCUAACCUACCUGCUCCCGACAUAGCAAGGCCCCUCUGUUUAUAGAACUACGCUUAACCUGCCCAUCUGUGAUAUCACAAAAGGGGGUGGGUGGGGCAGACAUGCACCUAUUAAUAGAGGCUGCUGGAGGUGGAAGCUGGCUGAGUAAGGUUGUGGGCCGGGAGAGUCGAAGGAAGCGCUCAACCAGAAUCCAGCUGCAAACUAGAAAUCAGCCUGAACCAGCCCGAUUCAUUGGGUCCCACAGGUUUGAAUUCCAUCACUACUGCAUUCAAAGGCACAAUAUAAGUCUGCAGUUUAAAUCACCUCUAUAAGGUGUACAACCCCCUCACCAAUUUAGCCUGAGCUACGGGUGUUCCAUCAGGCCCAAGAGCCUCACAAAGUGAAGAUAAAAUGAUAUUGAAGUGAUGUACAUUAUGUAUAAAUGCAUAGCAUCGUAUUUCCUUUAUAAAACAAAAUCAAACUUGCCACUGCCAUUCUCUGUAAAUUUAAAGUGAAAGUGACUUAUUCUUUAUGGUGACCCUUUGUACACUGGUAUUUAGCUGCCUUGCAUGUCAAUAAGAGUGAGUUUGUCACUUCAGCCAUAUACGUUGGUACAGUACACAGUGAAACUAAACCACGUUCCUCUAGGACCAUGGUGCUACACAACAUAGAUGUCCCGGACAAUAGACAAAAAGUGCAAAAAUAUGCAACUCCUGCGAGACAGGACAGCACAGUGCAGGGACAGGACAAGACAGUGCACACUCAGCAGAUGUAAUAUGUUAAGUAAAUAAUGCUAAACGUCAGACAUGAUGGUGUAUCAUUGUGAUAUGACAGUAGUAAGACCAUGACCAAGAACAUGAUAAAAAGCAGAUGUGCUCAUAGAGAA